AGGCGCCGGGCCUUGAUGCGCAGCUGUGCAGCCAUGCUGUCCGUGCAGCGCGAGUUUCGGCGUCAUUGCCCAGCCGAGGUGGAUAUGCUUCCGGUUCUGGAUUUUUCAGAUGUGAAAACCAUUGCAGGAUGGAGGAAACUUCGCCAACUUUGCGGAGAGUGGGGGAAGUUUUAUCAUCAUCGGAUCCGUGCGUUCUCAGCCGAGUUUUUCGCUUUUUUGCUCAUCAUCCUGGCUGAUCUCAUGAUUGGAAUGCUCGUCCCCGAGUACACUGAACUAAGUGGCGUCAACCUGGCCUCUUUACUCGUGGCGGGACUGGUCAGCACUGCCCUGAUUGUCAGCAUUCUGCUUCUGGUGUACCUGGGCAAUGAGGUGAACGAGGCGGCUGAGCGUCACCGUUUCAUACUGAACCGCACACGUUGUCUGCUGAUUGCCAUGAAGCACGAUGACGAAAGCAGGCAAAACACUGGCCUGGCAUGCAGCAAAGAACAGUUGGAGAAGUCCACCGACAUGAUGGCCAGUCUCAGUGACGAACUGGAGAGCGAAAGCAAAGUCAUGCCCUUGACACUUUUGGGCAUGCCAUUGGGUUAUUCCCUGCUGUCGUUCCUGAAUUUCAUACCAAUUGGAGUUGUGACGCUUGGUUGCAACUUGGUGUACCAGAGCCACACCAGGGCCUCUGCUACAGACUCCAGGCACAUCCACUCCACACUUUGUGGCUUUGCUGUGCCAUAUAUGCUUCACUCUUGGGAUUUGGGCACAGCAGUGCAAAGAGUGACUUCAGCUGGGAUGAGGUCAACCCUGGUCAAUUUCUGUGGCAACAAGGACAAUGUCAGCAGAUGCACAUCGUGAGACAUGCGAUGUGACAGCUAUUCCGUGGAUUCAACAUUUCUAUUAGUUUUUGAAUGUUGUGAAACAGAACGGGCAAGGGCAC